AUGGCUAAUAACAUCAAACCUAAUUCUUUUGCUGAUUAUAUUAAUAAAUUAUCAACCAUCACGUCAUCCUCUUCAAUUAAUAAUAAAAAAAGAAAAAAUGAAUCAACAUCAUCAGGAAGUAAUCAACAAAAAAAAAUAUUACUUGAUGAUAAUAAAGAAGAAAGAACCAAUAUAUUAAGUUCUUUAAGAAAGAAAAAUGCUGAAAUCUUAAAAAAUAAAAAAGAUAUGAAUAAGAUCAAUGUUGAUUUGAAUAAAUCAAGACUCAUUGAUGAAAAAAAAUAUCUAACUAAAAGAUUUGAUACUUUGAAAAAACAUGAAGAUAAAAUGAAAAAAGAAAAGCAUAAUUUAAUCAUAAAAUUACUUAAACUUGGAGAAAGGAUAGAAAAUCUAUUAACAAGAAAAAUAAUCGAUGAAAAUGGUGUAACAUUAUAUCAUAAUAUAAAAAAUGCUAGUUAUAGAACAAAUUCUGUUAAUAUAUCUGGAUUACCAUGUAAUAUUAUUUGUGAUCCAGAAGAUGUUGUUGAUGGUAAACCAGAUAGUGCUGGUUCAGGAUUAGUUAACAAUAUAUCUUCUAUAUUUUUUCCUAAUGCAUCAUAUAUUGAUACAUUUGGACUUUUUAAUACCAGUGUGAAAGAAGAAGAAGAUGUGAAGUUAGAUGGUAGUAAAAUAAAAUAUGAAAAAAAUGUUUAUACAGAUAAAAAUAUUGUUACAAAUUCAUUAAUUACUCUGAAUAGAUUUGGUCAAACAAUAUCAAAAGACUCUCCUAAAGCAGAAAGAUUAAGAUUGCAUGGAUUUUGUUGUCAAGUAGAUAUGAGUAUUGUGUUGAAUACACAAAAUAAUAAUACUGGUGUAUUAAUAGUUGGUGAUGAAAAAAAUCCUAAUAGUGAUACUGAUAGAAUGUUAUAUGAACCACCUGGUAGUUUUAUUGUCACGUUAUCUUUUUUAAUAGCAAAAAAAGAAGAUAUUUUUAUUAAAGAAAAUAUUGGUUUGGAAGAUAUUUUUGUUAAAGGAACAUAUAGAUUUGAUAAUACUGAUAAAGAAAUGGCAUCACGUAUAAAUCAGGAAAAUUGGGAACUUAUGACUGCAGUAGAUACACCUAUUGAUGUGAAUGAAUUAUUGAAAAAUAAUCAAUCUAAGUGUUGUAACAAACCAUUUUGGCAUGAUUUUAGUGUUUUUGUUUAUUAUUCACAUACACAAACUGGUAAAGGUAAAUCAGAAUUACAAGGCAUGCCAUAUGGUGUUAGAAAAGUUGAUGAAUCUAAAAAUAUAAUAAUUUAUUGUUGUGAUAAAGAUAAUACAACUAACAUCAGUGGAUAUCAACCUAAUGUAAUUUGGGUUUUGACUAUAACUGUUAAUCCAAAAAUAUUAAGAAAAAAAAUUGAAUGUGGAUUACCAUUAGAAAAUAUUUCAUAUAACAAUGAUAUAACUUAUUUUGGUAAAGAACCUAGAUUUCCUACACACACUGGACCUUUUCUUUUGGUUGAUAGAAUAAUUCCAAUGAUGGCUUAUGAUACAAAUAUGGAUAGUAUGGCAAAUAUUAAUUUUACUGCUAGAUCUGCAAUGCAACAAUUAGUAGAUGCUGUUAAAGCAGCCAUAGAAAAUAAAGAACCUGAAAAAAAUCCUACAAUGCCUACAUGUUAUUAUAAUGUUGAAAAAAAUGCUUUCAAUGGUCUUUUUAACAUCAUAUGGGAUUAUUAUCUUGAAAAAUAUGAUCUUAUGUCAAUACCUGAAUAUCAUAAUGCGAUUAAUAAAUAUAGUGAUUAUGUUGAUGAACAAAAUAAAAAUAAUGAAAAAUAUAUAUCACAAAUGAAAGAUUUACCUGAUAAAGAAAAAUUCUUUAAUGAUCUUUUGGAAAAUACUAAAAAUACAGAAUUGUUAAUGUAUAAAGGUUUUGUUUACAAUUCAUUAAGAAACAAAGAUAUCAUGAAUGAAUUAGGUGAUGAAAAAAGUGUUAAUUUGGAGAAAAAAAGAUUGGAUUCUUUAAAAAAAUCACAAUCAAUAAAUUGGUUUGGUUGGUGGAGAUAUUUGCUAUCAAAUCCCGAAAACCUCAAUACUAUUGAUAAUUAUUGGAUAUUUAAAAAAAUCAACGAAUUAAAUGCCAACACAAAAGAUAAAAAUUUUUACAAAUUGAUAGGAUCAGAAUAUGUAAAUAAUCUCGUUAGAUGUAAUCAAGAACAAAAAAAUAUAUGUAUACCUGAAUUAAUCAAAAUGAUAGAUACUGAAAUAAAUUGUUAUAGCUUAACAACUAAUGGAAUAUAUAAUUCUUUAUUCAAGAAUGAAUAUUUUAACAAAAUAGUCAAUUUUGAUAUUGAUGGUAUAAAUGAAUUACAUAAUCAAAUUUCAGAACGAAAAAAACAAUUACAUGACUAUUGUAAAAUCGAAUUUCUUAUUGACAAUUUUUCAACAAAUAAUAGAUUUGAAAAUUUCAUGAAAGGUGAAGCUUUAAAAAAUAACCAACUUUAUACACCAUUUUCAACUAAUGAAUUCAUACAAGAUUUAAAACAUGAAAGAGAAAUGCGUAAAGAUUAUAUUAACAAUGAUGAAAAUACUGAUUUACCUAAUAUAUUAAAAUUGUUUGAAAUUGGUAAUGAACUAUAUGAUAAAAUUAUGAAUUCAAACCUAUCUAAAGAAAACACUGAUAAAUUAAUUUAUCUUGCACAAAAUAAAUUAGAAAAUGAUAAAUUCAUUAAUGAGAUUAAUGAAUCUGAAAAUUUAAAAGAUUUGAAUGAAUUUGAUAAUAUGAUAUCGAACAAUAAAUUAUUAUCCACUAAUCAAAAAAAUAGUUUAAAAUUAGCAACACAAAACAAAAAAGAUGAAUUAAAACGAAAUUCAGAAGACUUUGAAUUAUUGAAGAAAAUAAUAUCAGAAGAAACUGAUAUUCUAAAAUUAGAAACUGAAUUAAAAAAUAAGAUCAUUAAUUCAUCAUUAACUGAAAAACAGAAAAAAGACCUAGAAGAUAUUAGAUUAGAAAGAAUAAAGAAACUUAAUAAUGAUAUUAAACCUACUAUUACAUUUAAUGAAUUGAAGGAAAAAAUUGAUACUAUUAAAUUAUCUAAUGCAGAUAUAUUACUUGAUAAUAAUGAUAUACAUCAACAAAUAAUUAAUUCGAAUUUACUUCCAAAUGACAUUGCGCAAUUAGAAAUCUUGAGAAAAGAAAAAUUAAAUAAAUUAAAUGCUGAACAAUAUGAUCAAUUCAACAAUCAAAUAAAUACAUUAAAAACUAAAGACGAAUUAAAUAAUUUGAAUAAAGAGAUAAUUGAUAAUAAUAUAUUAUCAAAUGCCCCAAAAGAAAUUUUCUUAGAUUUGAUAAAGAAAAAAAUAGAUGAACUGAAUGGAGUAAAUACUUUAGAAAAAGAAAAUAAUAAAAUAUAUGAAAUAAUAUUAAAAAAUAUUAAUGGAUUUUUAACACCAGAAUUACUUAAAAAAUUUGUUGAUGAAAAUAUAUAUACCAUAAAUGAAAAUUAUUUAACAAAUGAUAGAAGUAUAACUUUAUUAAACAAAAAUUAUGAAUCAAGAUUGGAAUUGCUAAAAAAUGAAUUUGCAGAAAAGGAAAAUAGGAAAUAUACACUUUUAUUAGUAGAUAUAAAUAAUUGUGAUGAUCCACAUCUAUUGGCAAGUGAAUAUUAUAAUGAUAUAUAUCGUAAUAUAGAAGAAUUAAAUGAUGAAUAUCUUGGAAAAUAUGGAAAAAGUAAAUCAGAUUUACAUAAAAUCAGAGAAUCUAGAAAAAAUAAAUUAGAAAAUGAAAAUAUAUAA